AUGUCAGAAAACCAUAAAUUAAAAUCAGACAAUGAAGAUUUUUGCAAUUGGGAAACAUUAUAUAAAAAUGUAUUAAACUAUUACAAUAUAAAAUUCAUAUCAGAAUCACGACAAACAAUUGCAGAGAUUUUUGAAAGCGAUUUGCUUUCGAAUAAUCUCGAAAUUCAAAACUUGAAAUGUCGUGGAAUUAUUUUAAUAGCUGCAAGACGAUUUGAAGUCAAACGAGGAUGUCAAAUUUCUAUUGAUUAUAAAGAAGAGAAGCAUUUUCAAUUAUUGAUAUAUGCUAUGGAGAUGCCAUCAGAACUUAAAAUCAUUAAAAGUAAAGAAACCGAUCAUCUCAAAUUUAAAAUCAAUAGUCCAAAUCUUGGUGGAUUAAUUUCUUUGCACAACGGAGAAUUUAAAAAUAUACCUAUUUUUGAUAGUGUGAUUCUUAAAAAACAAUCAUUCAUCAAAUUAUUGCGAUUUUCUCUACAAAUCGCAGUUGCUUUAUUUUACGAUAAUCGCGAAAUUACACGAUCAAUUCUUAUAUGGAUUAUUACAAUUAGUGAACAAUUGAAAGGCAAAGAGGAAAAAGAAUUUGAAGUGGCAAAAAAGGUAUACAAUUAUGCAUCAAGAAUGCUUGAACAAUUAAAUGCUUUCAUUGAAAGGGAGGAAAGUGGAUUUACUUUGGUUCCUCAACUUGAUAUGAAAAGUUACAAAGAACAUCUUAAUCAUUUAAUGAAGUUUGCAAAAGACUAUGAAAACCAAUAUAAAGAUAUUCUAAAACAAGAGCAUAUUGAUAAACAAAAGAUAGAAAAGUUGAAAGAUAAGCUACAGGAAACUAAGGAUAUAGCCGAAGUGCAUGAAUUUUUAGAAGAAGUGGAAAAAAAGCAAUUUGAACUAUCACAUAAUGUGAGGGAAGAAAUUGAAAAUAAGAUUCAGGAAGGAAAAAACCAUGCAGUAAAUGCAUACAAGGAACUGAAAAAAGGAAUUGACGAUUGGUUGAAAGAUCAGAAACUUGCUGCACUGAAAGAACUAUUCUUUGCUGUUCUUGGAUUACCUUUAAGUAUCGGUAAAGUUUUUAUCCAGCCUGGAGGUGUACUUAAUUUGGUUGAUACAAUAAAAAAAGUAUCCAAUUCACUUAACAAUGUCUUAAAUAAUAAGGAAGGAAUUAAGGACUUGAUUAACAUAACUAACGAUGAAGAUAUAAAAAAGGACAUAUAUCUAUUUAAGGAACUAAAUAAUAGAGUUAACGAAAUUAAAAAGAUUAAAAAUGAACUAGAAGCCAGUCACAAUAAGGCUGUCAACGUAUGUAAUUCUACAGAGGAAAUAAAUCAAAAACUCAAAUUAUUUGCGAAUACCGAAAAUCUUGACAAAAGACUUGAAACGGAUCCAGAAGGACACAUUUUAAAUCUCCAUUGGGAACCAAUUAAGAAUAACAUUAACAAGCUGCGUGAAUUUAUAAAACCAAUCGAGCAAAAUAUUAAAGGUGCAGAAGAAUACUUUAAUUCUUCAACAGAGUUUAUCAGUUUUAUUGACACAUACAUUAAAGCCAAAAUUGAUGGAAACAAAAGAUCUAUAGAACUUUCACGAAUUCAGGAGCAAGUAGAAAAAGACAAUAGAAUAAAAGAACGGCUUGAACAAAGGAUCGAAUCAAAAAUCAAAUCACAAAAUGACGAAAUUAAACUUCUAUUAUUCGAGCACCUCAUCAAUAUUAAAUAUUCUAUGACUCUAUUCAUGGACAAAUAUCGAUGUGCUUACGAAUAUCGGUAUCUAUCUAAAUCCAAUUUGAAACUUUCACUUAUUAAAGAAUUUAAUGAAGACGAUAUCAAUAAAAUGAUUAAAGAUAUCGAAAAUGUCUCUAAUAGUAGACCUCAGGAAAAACGGCCUCCUGCUAUUGAAUUUAAAGGAGAAUAUGUUGAUAAAUUUAAACAAAAUAAAUCCGUUAAAGUUGAUAUUACACCGGAUAAUGAUAAAUUAAAUGAUUAUGCACAUCUAAGGCUUCAUGCAUUUAGAGUAUAUUUAAAAGGUGUUGGAACUACAGGCGAGCUAAUUAAACUUUACAUUAGUCAUUUUAACGAUUUUUAUGACAGGGAUAAAGAAAAUCAAAUACAUCAAUUUAAAUUAAAAGGUGAAAAAAAAGGAUUCGAAUACAGAGUAUAUGAAGAUUAUUCUCCUAAUAAAAUAGACGAAAGUUACAUAGAACUAGAUAAUCUUUAUUAUGAUGAAAAGGAUAAAAAUUAUUAUUUUACUCCAACACCAUUCAGUCAAUGGGAAAUUAGUCUUAAGACAACAAAUACUGAUCUGUCCGCAUUGGAAUCGAUUAAUAUCCAUUUGGUAGCAUAUGUUUCUGUGAUCUAG